AUGGAAAUGAACGAUCAGGCGUAUAGUGCGCUUCAACAAUACCUCCAACAGACCUUGAAUCCAACCACGCAAAAGAAUGCCGAGCGUCAACUUGCCGAGGUCGAGGUCCAACAAGGCUUCCCUAUCUUGCUACUCAAGUUGAUCAACGACAACAACGUCGAAAUGGUGCUUCGAUUUGCUGGAUCGCUCUACUUUAAAAACUACAUCAAGCGUCACUGGGUGCCCGACAAUGAACAAGCCAACAAGAUUGCACCCCAAGACCGUCUUGCGAUCAAGACCGAUAUUGUCCAGAUCCUAAUCAGUGUGCCUGACAAGAUCCAGCUCCAGAUCAGCGACGCCUUAUCUAUCAUGGCUGCGUCCGAUUUCCCAGAGCAGUGGCAGGAUCUGCUUCCACAAUUGAUUAGUCGUCUCAGCCCGACCGAUUACAGAGUCAACAAUGGUAUCCUACAAAUUGCUCAUUCUAUCUUCAAGAGAUGGCGAUCCCAGUUUGAAUCAAAUUCAUUGUUUUCGGAUAUCAAAUAUGUUCUGGAACUUUUCUGUGAGCCUUAUCGACAAUUGCUUCAGAUUACCGACAAGUUGAUGCGUGAAAAUGAAAACAAUCGAGCUGCCCUUGGUCCUUUGUCUCAAUCCUUGAUUCUCUUGAUCAAGAUCUUUUACGAUUUGAAUUGCCAGGAUCUUCCCGAGUUUUUCGAGGAUAACAUGCCUCAGUUCAUGGAAUUCUUCAAGUACUAUCUUGUGUAUCACAAUCAGCUUUUGGACACUGGGGAUGAAGAGGAAGCAGGUGCCCUAGAAAAGAUCAAGACAAGCAUUUGCGAAGUGCUAGAGCUUUAUACUCAAAAGUAUGAGGAAGACUUUCCCCAAUUGGUCGACUUUUUCUCCAUUGUCGUCGAGCUGCUUGCCAACCUUGGUCCCGAACCCAAGCAUGAUACUCUUGUUUGCAAAGGAUUGUCAUUGUUGACAAGCAUGGUCAAGAACGAACGCACAGCUGGUGUGUUGGGAUCCGGUGAUACAUUCAAGCAAAUGUGUGAGCGUAUUGCUUUAAAGAACAUCCCUAUGCGUGAGGUGGAUGAGGAACUUUUCGAAGACAACCCUAUCGAGUAUAUUCGUCGUGACUUGGAAGGAUCAGAUACGGAUACACGUCGUCGUGCUGCUGCUGAUUUCAUUCGAGGUUUGAUGGAGCGUUAUGAGAGAGACACUACCGCCAUCAUGUCGCAAUACAUUGGCUAUUACUUGCAGGAAUACAAUACCAAUCCUCAAGGCAACUGGAAAGCCAAGAAUACUGCCAUCUUUUUGCUCGUCGCCAUUGCAUCGCGUACCUCCACCAUGCAACUUGGUGUCACCCAAACCAAUCAGCUUGUGGAUGUCGUUGAUUUCUUUACCAAGAACAUUUUGGCCGAUUUGCAAACCGAUGUCAACGCCGGUGUGCCUAUUCUCAAAGUGGAUGCUAUCAAGUACUUGUACACUUUCCGUAGCCAACUUACCAAAGACCAACUGUUGACUGUUUUCCCUCUCCUUGUCAAGCACUUGGAAUCCAACAACUAUGUGGUGUACACCUACUCGGCUAUUGCCAUUGAGCGUAUCUUGUUCUUGCGCAAGGAAAAGAUCAUGAUCUUCUCUGCUGCUGAUAUUGCACCCUACGCUGAGAACUUGUUGUCGCAGCUUUUCCGACUCAUUGAACAAGGCGAGACACCCCAAAAGCUUUCCGAGAACGAUUAUUUGAUGCGUGCUGUGAUGCGUGUUAUUAUUACUUGCCGUCAGGAUAUGGUGCCUUACGUCAAUGUGAUCAUGGGCAAGCUUACCAGCAUUUUGGGCAUUAUAUCGGCCAACCCAAGCAACCCUCGCUUCAACCAUUACAUUUUUGAAAGCAUUGGUGCCUUGAUCCGUUUCAUUUGUCCUAUUUCAGAUGGUGCUGUUACCGAGUUUGAAAACAUGCUGUUUGGUCCCUUCCAAACCAUUUUGGAUCAGGAUGUACAAGAAUUCACCCCCUACGUGUUCCAAUUGCUCGCACAAUUGUUGGAGCAUCACAAGAAGCAAGAUUUGACUGAGGCAUAUGUGAGCUUGUUGAAUCCUUUAUUGAACCCACCGCUCUGGGAGCAAGGCAACAUCCCUGCUUUGGUCCGUUUGCUUGAAGCUUACUUGAACAAGGGCAUCAACACCAUUGUAUCCAACAACAAGCUUGAACCUAUCCUUGGUAUCUUCCAACAAAAGCUCAUCAAUUCGCGUCAAAACGACCAAUACGCCUUGACCUUGUUGAAUGCUGUCAUUAAGACUGUGCCAUUCGAGCUUCUUGCGCAGUAUCUUCCAGCUCUUGUUACCUCGGUGCUUACUCGUCUCCAAACCAAGAAAAAGGGUGAUCGCAUCAUUUAUGACAAGUUUACUCGCAACUUUACAUUGUGGAUUUGUUUGUUCUGUCUCCUUGACAAACUUGGUGGUCCUGAUACCUUGAUUCGUGUAUUUGAUUCAAUGCAGCCUGGUCUCUUUGGUCAAGUCAUUACUAUUUUUGUGACACCCGAUCUCAACGCAUUACGUGACCCAAUUGAUUACAAGACAUGUGCUGCUGGUAUCGUUCGUUUGUUGACCCGGAGUGAUUUAUUGCUGCAACAAGGCUAUUUGAAUGACGUAUGGCCCAAGAUCUUUACUGCAUUGCUUGCCAUGCUUGAAUUACCUCCUACAACCACUGAUGAUGGACCAGACGAAUUUUACACAUUGGAUAUUUCCGAGGAAGGAGGAUACCAAACAGCCUAUGCUAGACUCUCAACAGCAGCACCUGUGCGUGACAAUGUAGCAGCAUCAUUGCCCCCUAGCCACAUUUACCUGGUACAACAGCUCGUAUCCAUGUCACCCGAGAAGCGUUCAUUGAUCAAGUCGGUGAUGCCAGCAGAAGCAAACCAAUUUUUGCCAAAGUAUUUUGAAGCUGCAGGUGUCCCCAUGUCGCAACUCUAG